AUGGAUGCGCCAGCAAAACGCACCGCCACGCAUAUUAACGAAGAUCCUAAGACUUUACGGGUUCCAAAAUUAUAUCAGGCAGGAGGAUCGCUGCCCUCAGUAUCCUCAAAAACGAGCCAACGCAAUUGCGCGUCUCCGUCCAAAAAAAGGAGGGAGGUAGAAACCAUGCAGAGGUUAUCCUUGCGCAACAGGUCUUUUUCCACAAGGAAGCCUAAUAACCUCCCAGAGGCUUCAAAGAUUACACUCCGCGAUCUUACACAGGCCAACAAAGGAAGGCGCAUCAGCUUUUGGUCCCGGCAUGUCUGCAAAAUCCAAAAAGGGCUGAUAAAUAUGCCGAAGCGUCUGUCUUAUGACGAAGCAGCCUGGACCACGGGGGUUGUUUUCCAUCUGCUUAACUUAGCGAUACCGGGUGAUGAACAACUGGUUCUGGUGCCUUGGUCAAUGUUGCCUGCUUCCAUUCUGCCCUUUUGA